AUGAUGAAAGCAGGUCGGCGUGUGCACCUCAAAGACAUUUGCUGGGAGCUUGGAAAUUCGUACGGGAGCGCUUACGACAGCGUUCACGGGUCCUUAGGAUACCGGAAGGUUUCAUGUCGGUGGGUGCCUAAGCAGUUGGAUGACAUGAUGAAAGGCAAGCAAAUGAUUGCUUCGCUGAAUCAUCUGCAAUGGUAUGCGGAGGAGGGGGAAAGUUUCCUGGACAGCAUUGUUACUGGCGAUGAAAUGUGGAUACUGCAUUUCACGCCGGAAUUGAAGGAGCAGUGCAUGGUGUGGGAAAAUCUGGGUUCAGCUGUGACAAAAAAUUCCAUUCACUGGCUUCUGGGAUCGGUCUUAAGGGAUUGCCGAGGACCGCUCCUGCUGGAUUUCAUGCCACAAGGUGUAACCAUCAAUGCCGACAGUUAUUGUUCCACACCGUCACGUCUGCUGGUUGCCAUCAGGCGAAAACGCCGAGGGAUUCUCGAUGUGGACGACGCGGUUACCCUCCACGAUAAUGCGAGGCCAUAUGUGGCAAUCAUAACCACCGACAAGCUCUGGUCAUUUUACUGGGAGAGUCUGGACCAGCCACCAUACAGUCCUGACUUCGCCCCUAGUGCUUUCCACGUUUUCGGUCCGCUAAAGAAGUUCCUGGCAGGUCAGCGAUUCACUUGCAACGACGAAGCCAAGACGUCCGACGGUAGUUCCACAGUCAGCCGCACGAAUUUUACCACAGGGGCAUUUCAAAUUUAA